GGGGUGGUGGGUAUGUGUGUCGUUUGUUUGGACUACGGAAAUUUGGUUUUCGCAAAGCUGAUCACGGCGCCGGACCUGUGGCGAUGAGCUGCCGGCUACGCUGACGACGGCGCAGCUGACGGCCGCGGUAACGCCGCCAUGGAGUCGCACCCUAGCGACCGCCAGGUCGCCGACUACUUCGUCCACUGCGGCCUGCCCUGGAAGCUGGAGGAGCUGGACGCGCCGCUGGAGGACUUCCCCAUCAAGCCGUCCCACAACUACGCCCCCAUCACGGACGUCACCGUCAUCUUCCCGGCCGAGGAGCCCGUGCCGUCCGGCUUCCGGUGCAUCGAGAAAACGCCGACGGGUUUGUCGGCGGACCUGAAUCAUGGCAGCAUUCGCAGCCCGGAGGUGCUGCUUUGUUAUAAACGGGGCUGGGACAAACCGCCGCUGGUGGAUAUCGGGGUGCUGUACGACGGCAAGGAGUACGUGAUGCCCGACUCGCAGGUGGUGGAGUUCACGCCGGCCGGCCGCAUCGCCAAUGUGAACAACAGCACGGCGCGCACGUACAUCACGUACCGGCGCGCGUCCGACUCGUCACCCUGCAACGAGCUGGUGGUCACCGACAUCUGCGUGAUCGUGCUCACCAAGGAUGAGGUGCCCCCACACACAUACUGCAUCAUCCCGAAAACGCUGAACAAGGGCAUGGUCGGCUCUGACGUGUACAUCUGCUACAAAAAGUCGAUGCGACAACCGACGAAGGUCGUCUACAAACCUGGUCUGCUGAGCAGGUUCCCGCUGGAGGACCGGCCGUACUUCCCGCUGCCCGAGUCGGUGCCGCUCUUCUGCCUGCCGAUGGGCGCCACCGUCGAAUGCUGGCCCGCCCAGGCAGCCACACCCAAGCCUGUCUUCUCCACCUUCGUGUUCACCGUGGCUGAGGGAGCUGAGAAGGUGUACGGCAGCUCCAUCACGUUCUACGAGCGGUUCCCGGAGGACCGGCUGACGGAGCAGCAGCGGCUCCAGCUGGGCAUCGACACGCACCACCCGUCCGAGAUCUCGGUCAACACCAACAAGUCGAUCGGCGUGCUGUCGCACUGGCCGCUGUUCGACACGUUCGAGAAGUUCCUGCAGUUCCUGCACCAGACGGCCAUCUCGGGCCGCGCCACGGCCGUGCCGCUGGAGAGGUACAUCAGCCACAUGCUGCUGGAGGUGCCGUUCCCGUCAGUGGCGCGGCCGUACGUGCACGUGCAGCUGGACGGCGGGGCGCCCAUGGUGGUGGCGCAGCCGCACUCGUCGCCGCUGCCCAAGAGCGGCGCCAGCUUCUGCAAGCUGCUCAAGAAUCUGGGCCCCGACAACAGCCUGCUGGUGCUGCUGUUCUCGCUCACCGAGCAGAAGCUGCUGCUGCACAGCCUGCGGCCGGACGUGCUCACGCGCGUGGCCGAGGCCGUCUCCUUGAUGAUCUUCCCGUGCGUCUGGCAAUGUCCGUACAUCCCGCUGUGUCCGCUGGGGCUGGCCGACAUCCUGUCGGCGCCGCUGCCCUUCCUGGUGGGCCUCGACAGCCGCUACUUCGACAUGUACGACCCGCCGCCGGAGGUCACCUGCGUGGACCUCGACACCAACACCAUCUUCAUCGCCGAGGAGAAGCGACACCUGGUGACGAAACUGCUGCCCAGAAAGGCCUGCAAGCAGCUGCGGCACUCCCUGGAGGCCGUGUUCGACAGACUCUACUCCAUGUCCAGGAAACGGGUGAAGGGUGGCAGCCCAGAGAUGGACCUGAAGGUGCAGAUGAUGGAGCACCAGCUGGAGAUCGAGAUCCAGGAGGCCUUCCUUAGGUUCAUGGCGAGUAUCCUGCGCGGCUACCAGGCGUUCCUGAAGCCCAUCAAGUCCAAGCCGACCAUGGGCACCACGGACCCGAGCUCGCUCUUCGACCUGCAAGGGUUCCUGAAGUCGCGAGACAAGGCGCACCACCAGUUCUACCAGAUGAUGAUGACGACGCAGUCGUUCAUCCGGUUCAUCGAGGAACGCAGCUUCGUCUCUGACAAGGACGCCUACCUGGUGUUCUUCGACGAGUGUUUGGCCAAGGACCUGGACUCGCCCGACUGCCGCCUGCUGGAGCCGGACAACCCGCAGAGCGAGCGCACCGUGUUCGUGCCGCCGCCGGAGCCGUUCGAGGGGCGGCAGUUCGUCUACCACGAGUUCGGUGAGCUGCACCGGGAGCUGUUCCUGGCGGCGGCUCCGGGCGCCGCGCCCUCGCCCCUGGUGCGGCGCACCAAACACGAGGUCAUGUCGGCCCGCAAGCAGGCGCUGAAGCAGGCCGAGACGCCUGUCCUCUGGGCUCGCUACCUGGUCGGCACGUGCUUCAGUCUGUGGUUCGUCCACCUGCCCAGCUACGUGGAGGCCUGCGACGACCGGAAGACAGCCAUGGAUCAGGCCUUUCAGAUCAUGGUCGUCAUGCAGAAAAUACUCCAGCAGAGUGUGGAUGAGGUCUGCUACCGCGUGAUGAUGCAGCUGUGCGGUCAGCACUCGCUGCCCGUGCUGGCCGUCAAGGUGCUGUACAAGAUGAAGCAGCUGGGCAUCCACCCGAACGCGCUGACGUACGGCUACUACAACAAGGCGGUGCUGGAGUCGGAGUGGCCCACCGACACGCUGGCCAUGGGCCGUCUGCUCUGGAGCAAACUCAGGAAUGUGGUGCUGGCGGCGGCCGAGUUCCGCGCCGGUCCGCGGCGGAGCGACAAGAAGAGCUCUCUGGCCGGCGGAGACCCGGGGGCCUCCAGCCAGUCACUUGACGCGGACCGUGUGUCGUGCUCGUCGGGCGGCAGCGGCCGGUCAUUGGGCUCCCUCAGCCGGCCGGACGGCCGGACAGGGCGGCCGCCGGUGGCGCGCACGCUCAACUUCGGCCGGCUGGACUUCUCCGAGUCGGACCACUUCCGCUCCCGCGUGGGCAGCAUCGUCAAGAGCUCGGCCGGCGUCCGGCUGCCCGGACAGCCGCAGGCGGCCAAUUACGACAGUUCGGCCGGUGUUCUGAUGGUGGCCUGUCCGGAGGCGGCCGUGCUGAGCGGGCCGGCGAGCGGCGGCAGCGGCGGCGGUGGCGGCGCCGGCGCGGCAGCCGGGCCACGCCACCUGCUCGACUCGCCGCAUCAGGAGGAGCUGCGCGCCCGGCACCUCAGCAACGACACGCCCCAGCACCAGCAGAUAUCGCUGCUCAGGUCGACCAGCUUCGCCGACGACGACCAGAUCCUGGCGUGCCUGCGCGAGCCGCGGACCGACGAGCUGGCGGCGGCCCAGGACAUCAGCCUGGAGGAGCGCGUCAACGCCUACUACGCCGGCGAGCGCUGCGAGAGCCGCGACAGCCGCGAGCGCAGCGUCGACACGCGCAGCGUCGACAGCCUGGAGCUGGCGGCCGAGGCGGUCGGCGGCGGCCUGCAGGCGCGCACGCCCGUCACCGAGAACGACCCGCUGGGCGCGCUGGGCGCCGGCGACAGCCCGCCGUCGUCGGGCCGGCUGUCGGCCGCGCUCUCGGCCACCUCCAGCCAGCCCAGCCGCAAGGCCAGCCUGUUCAAGGCCGAGCCGUUUGCCGACGGCUUCGACCGGCCGGGCGGCAGCGAUGCCAGCCCGUCUUUCGGCAAAAACGGCAAGGCGUCGAGUCCGGCGAGCAGCGCUGUGACCGGCUUCCGGCUUCCGUUCAGCGCUAGUAGUAAGCUGGGCCUGGCCUCCAGCCUGGCCUCGCACAACCUGCGCCGGGCCGAGCGUAGGUUCCGAAAACAUAUCGAUACCAUCACGCCCGAGCUGGACGGACUGAUGAAGAGCUACAGCCCGGCCAGCCUGAAGAACCACGAGCUGCUCAAGUCGGGCGUCAGCUCCAUCCGGUCGGCGGCCACCUCCGUGUACCGCAAGCUGGACGAGCUCAAGGAGGUGAUGUCCAGCCAGAGUCCUGCGCUCACCAAGACCAUGAGCCUGACCAGCAUCGGCGAGGACGACGUGCUGGACGACAUGCGCCACGCCGGCUCGGCCGAGGUCAUACCGGGCUUCUCGGAGACCUGGUGCGACGGCCUCUUCAACGAGACCCAGUCCAGCUCCGAGCUGACGCUGGUGGCGCCGCUGCCACCGCCGCUGCCGCCGCCGCUGGAGCCAGUGGCCGUAGAGCUGGCCCUGACCUCGUGCAGCCGCUGCUACAAGUGCCAGGCCACCGUCUACGACGAGGACAUCAUGGCGGGCUGGUCGGCGGAGGAGAGCAACCUCAACUCAAAGUGUCCGUUCUGCCGGAAGCCGUUCGUGCCGCUGCUGACGGUCCACAUCCGCGACUUCCGCAACCUCAGUCGGCAGCAGCGGACGGCCGAGCUGCACCUGCCCGGCGACCCCAGCGCCGGGGCGCCGCUGGACCCCAUCACGCUGCCGUACCUGAGCCCGCUGGUGCUCAGGAAGGAGGUGGAGAACGUGAUGGACCACGACGGCCACGGCUGCCUCUCGGCGCCCGCCUUCGUUGACCAGCACCCCAUCAUCUACUGGAACCUGGUGUGGUACAUGCAGCGGAUCAGCGCCCCCUCGCACCUGCCGGGCCUCUGUCUGCGCUGCCGGCUGCUGCUGGACCGCGGCGCGCCGGCCGACGACUGGCGGGACGUCACCUGGACCAGCGUGCUCGUCCGCUGCCUCUGGGACAACCCCAAGCUGCACGACGAGAUCGUGCAGCCGAUGUACGUGCAGUGGAAGGAGAACCCGCUGCGCUCGCCGCUGUUCGACGCCCUCGUCACCGACGACGUCGCCGUCUCCAAGACCACGAUGCAGGCGGUGCUCUCGUGCGUCCAGUGCACCACGCUGGACGCGGCGCUCAGCACGCUCAGCGCCAACAUCGGCGCGCGCCGCAUGCGCGACAAGCACUUCUCCACCUACCGGGACAUCAUGUUCCUGGCGUUCUCGGCGCUCGGCCGAGAGAACAUCGACCUCACGCUGUACGACCGGGAGUACCGGCGCGCAUACGAGGAAACUCACGACGAGGCCGUCCACCUGAGCGUGUUCGGCGCGUCGUUAGUGCGUAGUUAG